AAAUCCUGUUUCUCUUUUAGAAUAGAACAAUGGAAUAAUAAAAACGUAACUUAUUGACACGUAUUGAUACGUCUAUGCCUACAAAGAAAGAAGUGCAGAUGUUGGUAGGCCGAACAUAGAUAUGUUGCCUAUAUCUAUGUAGAAAACGGACUUCCUAGCGUAAUAAUAAUUGCAUUUCAGGUUUGGUUUAUUUUUUAGCCAGAACCGAAAGUUCCUCCAAUACUUUUUUUUCACCGUGGCUAUGCAUGCUGUCCUGACAAUGACUUCCCCUCUCCUCCCUCUGCCUCUCACUCUUUGCUGGAGGGAGGGGGAACAGAAGUUAGCUACCCUCUACUCCGUUUUUGUUCUGGAACCGGAGCGGAACAGAGAAGGGCGUGAGGCGGUGUUCGGUAUGGCGGGAGGCUCAAGCGGCGUCUCAUUUCUCGGGGUUCUGCUGCUCGCUGCGAUUCUGGUGCAGACCGUGGCCGUUACUGUCACCGUGCUAUACUUCACUAAUGUCCUCAACACGAUGAAGGAGAUGUUUGCAAGGAGCAGUGUGUCGUGUCUGACACGGGCCGACCUCAGAGGGGGACACGUACACUCCUCCACCGAGGGGAGAGGAGACCCCUGCUGGCAGGUCACACAGCAACUACACACCCUCAUAGAGAAGUCUUUGUCUCAGCGAUAUCAGAGGGAGAUCUCCUCAGCAGUUAGAGAUGAGGUGUCCAGGGUGUUGCCCUCACUGGUGAUGGAGGACCAGGCUCCUUCUCGCCCCAAAGUCGCUGCCCACGUCACUGGCAGCUUGGCUCCCAAAGCAGAGAGGGAGGGAGGAGGUUCCCCGGGGCGGCGUGUGCAGGGGCAGAAGAUCUCUUGGUGGGAGGGGCAUAAUGGGCUGGCAUUCCUUCAGGAAGUCCGAUUGGUUGACGGGGAGCUGGUGGUGCCUCGCCCAGGACUCUAUUAUAUCUAUGCCCAAACCUACUUCAGACACACCCACCCCGAGGGAGAGGAGGGGGAGGAAGAGGACAGGGAGCAGAGGGGGAGACCCAUGCUGCAGUAUGUCUAUAAGAAAGUGUCCUCCUACCCGGUACCCAUCCUGCUGAUGAAGACAAGCAGGACCUCCUGCUGGUCCCGGGACUCCCAGUUUUCUCUGCACUCCGCCCACCAGGGGGGGCUGUUCCCAUUGGCUGCCGGAGAUCACCUCCUCGUCACCGUUAGCAAUGCCUCCGCCAUCGACAUGGAUGAGAGGAGCAGCUUCUUCGGGGCUUUCCUGGUCAGCUAGAGGUCAGGGGUUCGUCUCUAUGGUGACUCAGAGGGCUGGAACCUGGGAUACACACUGUUUGGGAGCCAUGUGUGUGUACUGACAGACAAAUAAUUUGAGAGCUGUGUGUGUGUGUGUUGUACAAAGCUUUAAGCUCUGCGACCCUGCUGGACAUGUGAGCGGAGCUUGUGUGGUUAUCCAACCACACCCAGGUGCCUAGGAUCCAGCCUUCGCUCAUGGCUCAUCCAAUGAGCUGUGUCCAAGGCCAGCAGGUCUGUAUUGAUUGGAUGAAAAGCAGCUGAGUGGCGUGAGGUAGGGGUUCAACAUCUUUAGAACUUCAUUGGACAAAUGACCAAUAAUCAACCAAUGAAAAGUGAGGGGAUGAUUGUGAAUAAGUCGUAGUACUCUUUUCAUCCGUCCUAAAAGGAUGAGUCUCCUUCUCCUGUUUGUCUGAACUCGGAUGAUUUUAAUGUAAAUCUGAACGUGGGGUGUUGUGGUUCUGUGUUAUAACUGUAUGGACAUUGAAUGUUGUUUGAUUGUAGCCUGUCAUAUUUUUAACACAACCCCAAGCUCUCACCUGAGUAACACCGCCUGCGACCACACAUUCAAUACAGCACUUUUUCCACUUUGUUUCACAGUAUAGAUGUUUCAGGCCAUGACCCAGGAGGCCUACUGUACUGUAGCCCAGACCCACUGUCACUAUGGGAACCAGUGUUAGGACAUGGGUAAUAUUCACUUUACUAAAAGAUUUACCGAUUCUCCCGACAGAUGUAUAUAUCCAUAGUUAGACAAGCGGAGAGGUCUGGACAGGGUUACCAGUUAACCCGCCUCACUGGGGGGGGGGGGGGUUGAAUCAUUUUACCGUUCGUUCAUGACUCCUGUAGAUCCAGAUAUUAUUUGUGUGGCCGUGGAAGUGACCAUGGAGACACACACUAAAUAGGUUGUUGAUGUUCAUCACUUGUGCUCGAGUCCAACUGCUCUCAUGUUCAUGUAGAAAACAUGUCUGUAAAUGUCCACAAUAAAGACACCAAAUAAACUAAUACAGGCUACCAUUGCUUGUGGUCAUGUAUAGCAGUAAGCAUUCAGUACCAAUCUAUCACAACAAAACAGACUUGGGUCAAGGCGUCUUAUGUGACAUUAUAUCAAGCAUCUCACGCCACCUGCUGGUGGGUACAUGUUACUGACUACUAGUGGUCAUACCAAAGACUGCAGGUGACCUGACUCCACAGGACAAAGGAGGGUGGAGGUAUGCAUUGUGCAUGGUAAUUUGU